AUGGGGAUACGGGAUUUCAUUUCCGGGACGACCGAUUCACUGCAACGCAACGCUCCGGAUCUAACGGCCGUGAAGAACUGGUGCCCCACACCCGGUUCCCUCAAACGGAUCGUACCAGAUGUAACGGCUGCGAAGAACGUGUGCUCCACCGCUUACGGUUAUGGGUCAGCCACCGUUACCCAUAUCGAUAGCGCCGUCAGGGUUAACCUGAACGACUACCUUCAGGACGAGGAAGCCCGGUCCAAGAUCCUCCAGUUGGGCAAGAGCAUCGUUACACGCGCCACCAUCGAGGGCCUCAAAACCAUCCCAGGCGGACUUGUAGGUUACAAAAUUGUUGCUAAAUCAAUCCGAGACGUGAAGGAGUCCAAUAAACAAGAAGUGGAUGUUAAGGCAUUGCAGGCUGAUCUUCACGGAUUGCAGAAAGAGUUCAGCGAAUACAAGAAACUCCAUGAGCAUGGCCUGAUAGAUAAGCCAAGUGCAGAUUUGAAGUCACCAAACACUGUCAACAUUCUUUCAGCUCUGAAUCAGAAACCGGAAGAUGUGAUCAGAGUCUUUAUGAUGAAGGAGUUUAUGGGCAGGCAAUUCUUUGAUGAUCUAAUGGUUCCUCCUGUUGCACCUAGGAAGAAGUAG